AUGGUGCAGCUCGAGAUUAACAAGAAACUGUUGCCGAUGAAGGCGCACUACUUCCUCUUCAAUGCAGGAACGGCUCCGGUAGUACCUUUUAUGCCGACACUCGUACGGCAACUUGGCUUCUCGACGGUGAUUGUCGGAACGAUCUACACGGUGCUGCCGAUCGUGGGCAUGCUGGUGAAGCCACUGUUCGGCAUCAUUGCCGAUCGGUUUCAGCGUCAGAAGCUACUGUUCCUGAUAUUUCAGAUUCUUACAGCCGUUCCGUUCUUUCUGAUCAUGUUCAUACCGGCCAUCCCUCAGGACUCGACCGUAACAUUCCAUUGCCACAACGGAGCAGCAGAUCUGAAAUACUGUCCAGAAAAUGGUACCACUAUCGACUCCUGCCUGGUGGAAAGCAUCACCACCAAUGAGAACAACGGUUCACUACUCUGCGACAUGGAAUGUCGCACGGAACCGUGGAUGUGGGACACAGUGUGCAAGUACUGGAAUGUGUCGAAGUACUGCGACGAGAAGAACAUUCCCACCGACCGUAUCCUAAGACUGACGGGUGUUGUACCCAACAACCACAUUAAUCUGGUCGACGAGUGUCUGUUCUUUAUGUUGCGCGAAGGCAAAAUCGAUGACAAUCGGGUUCCGCUCUACUGCCCAUCCAACAUGACUGACUUCCGGACCAGCUGCCAGGUGCAGUGCAACAACGAGCAGGUGAUGGGCGCCAUCUCGCAUUCGAAAAUUGCGGACAGCGAAGUGACAGGACUCUACCAGUUCUGGUUACUGUUCCUGUUUCUGAUCUUCAGCUGGGCCGGUAUGGCUGUCGUCGUGAGCGUGGGCGAUGCGAUCUGCUUCGAGAUGCUUGGCGAUAAGCCCCAUCUGUACGGCAACCAGCGACUGUGGGGUUCGAUCGGUUGGGGUACAGUUUCACUGUUUGCCGGCUUUCUUGUAGACACACUGUCGGAGGGUAAACUGACGAAGGAUUAUACGAUCGUGUUUUACAUGACCGUCGUACUAAUCGGUUUCGAUAUGCUAUGCUCCUCUAAACUACAGCACACUCAAACACGUCUUUCAACUAACAUCCUGAAGGACGUUGGUAAAAUAUUUGUCAAUUUCCGCAUUGUGGUAUUCUUCUGCUGGUGUGUGUUGAUCGGUUUUGGAACGGCAUUAAUCUGGAACUUUUUGUUCUGGCAUUUGGAAGAUCUUGCAAGCGCACAAGAAGGAUGUGGUCAUUCGACGUGGAUUAAAACCUUGGAAGGUAUCAUCAUGUCGAUUCAAACGUUCGGCGGUGAACUGCCGUUCUUUUUCCUGUCCGGCUGGAUUCUGAAAAAGAUUGGCCACAUCCAUGCAAUGAGCUUGGUACUGUUAGGAUUCGGUGUACGUUUUUUGCUUUACUCGCUGCUUACCGAUCCCUGGUGGGUAAUACCGAUCGAAUUUAUGAACGGUAUCACCUUCGGACUGUUCUAUGCAACGAUGGCAUCCUAUGCAAGUAUCGUUGCACCACCCGGAACAGAGGCCACAAUGCAGGGACUUGUUGGUGCCGUUUUCGAAGGAGUCGGUGUAUCACUGGGCAGCUUGUUGGCCGGUAACCUAUUCGAACGCAUCGGUGGUAGCUCCACGUUUCGUGCUUUUGGUAUAGCGGCACUGGUACUGUUCGUGCUCCACGUUGCCGUACAAAAACUAACCGAUCGCUUCGGCAGCCAGGGUAAGCAACAACAAAAAGAGGAUAGCUUAACGGGCGUUAAGCUAAAGGAAAAUGGGACGCAUGGGUCGGGUUUAGGCGGGGAUGGUAUCUCAAAUGGACAUCUGGCCAAAACUAACUCCAUCCUGUCGGAAUCGACCGUUCAGGAGGAGUUGCACGAUGGUGAGGAAAAAGCUAAUGAUGAUAGCCACGUAGAUUCAAAGACUGCCUCGAAUGGAAACGUUGCCCAUCACGUGCCCAAGGCGUGUUCGGAAAAGACGUCAAAUGGCAAACCGAUUGCGGCUCCCGACGGGCAACUGUACGAUGUGCCAUUAAACUAA